AGUUCAUUUACUCUUUGGAAGCAACCACGUCCGGUUCCGUGCGGCGCCAUUUUGAUGAAACAGCGAGGAGUGAAACAGCUUGGACGACCGAAAUGGAUUUUAUGGAUUAAAACUGAAGAAUUGUCUGGAUACAUAACUUUACACUUUAGAUUAAGGGAAAUGGUCGUGUACUGAAGAGGAAUUUUUACGCCCUAACUGCGUAACUGAUGGAUUUUCUUCGAUUAAUUCGACAGCUAACUUGGACAACAUUGCUAGCGUAGCACCGUUAACCAUUAGCUGUUAGCUUUUGUUAGAUAAGUGUUUUCAUAUUGUGUUGAGUGGCACCGGUAGCUAAUCUCGAGGUGUAGCAUGUUAGCCUUGGCAUUAGCUCACUAGCUAAUUUAACAUUUAAACGGUAAAUUUCGAUUUCAGGAUAAUCCCUUUGAGCUCUAACGGCGGUAAUAUAACACUUGGGGACUCGUCCCAUCAAGUUUUCUGGACUUUUUGAGGAUCUCGGUAGUGUUUGUUCUGAAUUGAAAAAUAAGAACUGUUCUGAAACGGAAAAACAUUACCCACAAGGACUGAUACUAAGGAAACCCCAGGCCCGCUGCUAGCUACAGUAGCGGCUUGCAGCGCGGCGGCCCGGGCUUUCCACCAAGGACAAUUCUCGACGGACUUGGCCUCAUUUACAUCCAUGUGACAGAUUUACACUGUGCUGCAUGGACUCUCUUGGAUUUGGUGGCACCCUGUUGUGUUUUAUCGGACUCUAACAAGAACUGACGAGGCACGCUGCGCCUCUCAAUGGCGCUCUGGCCUCAAGCCACGAUCAUUUUUCUUUGGCAAUAACAAGAACUCUGUCGUCAUCUGCGAGCUGAUCCCUUCCUUAUUUUAGUCCUUUCUAUGUCCACAGUGUUUCAGCGAAUAUAAAGAAGGUUUACCUAUUAAAGUCACCAGAUUUAGCCUCCUGUGUACAGUGUUGACGCUUUUUAUUUUGUUAUACCAGGCCUGUGUUUUUUUCCCUUGUGCUUGAUUGACAUAAGUGCUUAGACCUGUAAAAAUGUCGUGUGUUCACUAUAAGUUUUCUUCCAAACUGGACUACAACACAGUCACUUUCGAUGGGCUGCAUAUCACCCUCAGUGAGCUUAAAAGGCAGAUUAUGGGCCGAGAGCGCCUCAAGGCCACAGACUGCGACCUGCAGAUCACCAAUGCGCAGACUCGAGAAGAAUACACAGAUGAUGAAGCCCACAUCCCGAAACAUUCGUCCGUGAUCGUCCGCCGGACUCCAAUUGGUGGAGUAAAACCUGCUGGCAGGACGUUCAUUGUAGAUCGUUCUGACACAGCUGUGGUGGGAUCUUCCAGACCCACUGAUUCUUCUCCUUCUUUGUCACUUGCCCAACUCGCCAAGACCGCUAACCUGGUUGACGCAAAUGCAUCAGAGGAGGACAAGAUUAAAGCCAUGAUGUCUCAGUCCAAUCACGAAUAUGACCCGAUACAUUACUCCAAGAAGGCAGUUGGACCUCCACCUGCUCACUACACCUGCUUCCGUUGUGGAAAGGCCGGUCACUACAUUCGACAGUGCCCCAUGCUGAUGGUCCAAGAUAAAAGUGUGGAGGGUCCCAAGCAAGUAAGGAUCAGUAAGGGCAUUCCUCAGAGUUUCAUGGUGAAAGCAGAGCCAGGCACCAAAGGAGCCAUGUUAACAAGCACUGGAGAAUACGCUAUACCCGCUAUAGAUGCGGAAGCAUACGCACAAGGAAAGAAGGAGCGCCCUCCAUUUGUUCCACAUGACCAGUCAUCAUCUGAGGAUGAUUCAGAUCCGAUCCCAGAUGAACUUUUGUGUCCCAUCUGCAACGACCUGAUGACCGAUGCUGUAGUUAUACCCUGCUGUGGAAACAGUUACUGUGACGAUUGUAUUAGGACUGCCUUGUUGGACUCAGAGGAGCACAUCUGCUUCACAUGCAAACAGUCGGAUGUUUCACCUGAUAAUCUCAUUGCCAACAAGUUUCUUCGACAGGCUGUGAACAACUUUAAGAACGAGACUGGAUACACAAAACGUGUGCGCAAGUCGAUCCAAAAUGCAGCCCCACCUCCACCACGGCUCCAGUUGGUCAGGCCUCUGCACUCAAGACAGCAGGACCCACUGUUAGCCAAUGUCCCUCCCUCUUCCUCUACAAGCGCACCCUCCUCCACACCUCCAGCACAGGUCCCACCUCCUGCACCUGCUGCUGCAUCUGCUACUGCUGCUGCUCCUACUCCUCCUCAUGCUGCUGCUGUUGAAGGACAGGUUGCUUCACCAGCCCCUCCACCCAUUGUUGACCACCAUUCUCCUAUGCAGUCCACGAGCCAUGGUGAACCACCCCCACCAGGUGAAACGGAUCCGGAACCCUCUGUGACGCCAGACUCAUCAUUGAACUCAGAAAGUGGAUCACGGAACUACCACUUAAGUGUUGUUGGCCUCCCCCCACCUACAAGGCCGACUCAUCCUUCAGGUCACCAGUCACGGCACCACCACUCUAACAGAGGGGCAGGCAGACACUGGGAGAGCAGAUCUUUCAGAAGUAGAGGAGACCACCCCUCCUCUCACCUCCAGACAGCUCCACCCCCUGCACCUGUUCCUCCAGUGUUCCCAGCUCCCUCCCUGUACCCACCCCCACAAUUGCCCUACCCCCCUCCAUACUCUUCUGGUCCUAGCCUUGUACCACCUCCCGCCAUCAAUUACCAGCCUCAGCCUGUUUAUGCACCAGGACCACCGGUGCUCAACCCUCCUUGGGUUGCCCCUGGUACCCAGCCCCCGCUUGUCACUCUUCCAGCCUCCCUCUCUCAGCCCUCCCUCUCUAAGGAAGAUUUCUACAGACAGCGGCACCACCGACAGGACAAAGUUACAUCCAAACUGGAUGAAUUUACUAAAGACUUCCACAAAGAGCUUAUGAAGUUUAGAAAUGCACCAAAGAGACGAAGACCAUCUUAUUCGAGGUCCCGGUCAUAUAGUCGCUCUCCAUUCAGCCGUUCUUACUCUCGCUCCAGAUCCAGAUCAAGAUCUAGAUCCAGAUCAAGAUCCAGAUCUUACUCUUAUUCUCUCAGUCGAUCACGCUCGCGUUCUCGCUCCCAUGGCCGGUCUUAUCCCCGCUCCCCUUAUUCCAGACGCAAUGGACGCAGUUAUGGACGCUCACGGACCAGGUCCCGGUCUCGUUCAAGGUCAUACGGGUAUCGGCGCUCUGGAUCACCACGUUCUCCUCCUUCCUACCGGGGAGGAGGUUGGGAAGGACCAGAAGGACCAGGACCCUACAGAUCUAGGUCACGGUCUCGCUCUCCAGGUGGCUACCGGAGCCGCAGCCCUGGUGGACGAAAACCUCCUCCUCGGGAACUAGGAUCAUAUGAACUGAAAGGUCCAAGUCCUGGUGGCCAUGAGCGCUGGGAAAGAGAUAGCUAUCGACAGUGGGAGAAGGAUUAUGCAGACUGGUACAAGUACUACAAAGACUAUGACAACCAACAUCCCUCACUACAUCACAGAGGUCGUGGCAGCAGAGACAGGGAGAGGGACCGAUUGUCCCCAUUAUCUAGAGAUUACUCCCCUCAAGGGAGAGGAAGAAGAGGGCGAGAAGAAAGAGGUGCUCCAUCUCACCAUCCUCCAUCCUCUUCUUCAUCAGGGACCAAGUCCAGUUCUAAAGUCCUGAAGACAAAAAAAGUGAAGAAGAGGAAGACUGGAGAGGAACCUGAGCCAUCACACCAGUCGAUGGACAGAGGUGAUGCUACGCCUGUCAGAGAUGAACCAAUGGAUGAAAUUCCUUCCCCCAUUAAGACACCUCCCAUGUCCUCAAAGCCACAACUUGGUGUUGCAACCACUAAAGCUCCAGCCUCGAAAAGCACUGCUGCAACCGUUAAACCCUCAACCAAGUCGACAACGAAGACCCCGACUGAUAAGACUAAGAAAGAGAAAGGUCAAAAGGUAAAACCUAAAGUUAAGACGGAGGCUGUAAAGGUAAAGAAUGACAAGGUGAAAAAGAAAACUGGAGAAGGAGUGGUUGUGACCAAAAAGAAAGAAUCCUCAUCUUCAUCCUCCUCUGUUGCUAAACCGCUAAAGACCAUUAAAACCAAACCAGAAGAUGCCCCCAGCUCAACUACCCCUAAAAAGGAAAAGAGUAAAAGCUCUGGUGGGAGGCCUGCCCUGCUUAAGACCCCUCCGCUGUCCUCCCAGAACCUCCCUCUACAUCAUGCCUCUAUUCAUGAUGGCCCUCGACCCAGCCACGACAUCCGGGGGAGAAGAGAUGUUCCACAGAGUGCUGGUCUCCUUCCCAUCCCACAUCAACAUGGAGUCCAACUCCUCCCACCUCCCUCCCAAGUGGACAGCCGUAGGAGGAUGGGAGAGGAAGCUCGUUCCUUACUCGGUUCUCCUCCUGGAAAGCUGAGGAGAAUAGAUGGUCUAGGGGGAGGUGGUGAUCUGGUCUCCCACUCACAUGUGUCCCAUCAGCCUCUGCUCCACAGACUCCCACCCUCCUCAGACAGGCCUGGUCUUCUUCCCCUACCUGGGAGCCGUGAGAUGGGCCGGGGAGAUGCAGAUCGAGGACCCAUUAGACCUCUAAUGGACUUUCAGCCACUGACCCAAAGGAGGAUCAAGUUGAACAGAGAUCUGGGGAGAAAAGGCAGCACUGAGACAGCAGCCCCAGACAGAGCACCACUGGGUCCUGAAAAGACGACCUCCUCCUCAGACCGCUCAGCCGCUGCUAACGUAUCUGAAGCAGAACGGUCUAGCAGUGCAGCAGAAGGUGCUGCACGAAAAGAGCGAUCGGCAUCUGUUGAGAGGGGAGUCUCCAGAGAGAGACCAGGAAGUGCUGGAGAGAAACCCCAGGACUCAGACAGAGAUCACAGCAGAAGCUCGGGACUGGACAGAGAGCGAGACAGAGCAUCAGCAUCAGACAGAGAAAGAGACAGAGUCAUGGUGUCUGACAGAGAGAGGGACAGGGUCUCGGGGUCAGGCUCACAGAAGGCAGCCGUUACAGCAGAGAGAGAUGCUGAAGGAGAGCGCUCUGCGAGGUCAGAACGGAGGAACUCUGGUAGUGGAAGUGCAGGAGGGAGGUCUGUUUCUCUGGAUAAAAUGACCAUCGGAGAGAAAUCUUCCAUCACCAGGAGAGUCCCCGACCAUCAAGAGAAACCAAACGAAUCCUCUAAAGAGAGAGGGGAAGCAUCAGAAAGAGCUGCCAAAUCUGACAGGAGUGUGUCCAAGGACAGAACAGAGAGGAGUGUCCCCUCAGGAGAGAAACCAGCUGCAGCUCACAGAGAAGCUGUGAAAGAUGGUGAGGAGUCUGCUGUGAGGAAUAAACCCAGAAUCAGCCGUAAGACUCUGACAAGCCACACUGUGAGCUCCUCCAGGUCAGCUCAAGAAACAAAGCAGGACUCAGACAAAGUCCACAAGUCUCUACCCUCCAAACCUGCAGAACAGCCCCCAUCCAGCCCCGUGGACAGCCAUGGCCGCAGCCCGAGUGUCAGCCCAGCAUCCAGCCCGGCCAGGGAGGAGCCGCUCAUUCAGCCUCCUCCCCGCUCCAAGUGGGAGAGAGAAGAUGACGAGGAAGGCCAGGAUAACGGACUGAGCGCACCCAAGGAGCCCUCACCAGUGCCACAGAAGGGCCGAGGCAAAGAGGCGCAGACUGACGCACCUAAACCUUUCAGGAGCGAAGGCCGGGAUGCAAUGAGGGAGGAGAGGAGAGGAGUAGUGAGGGAAGAGAAGAAAGGGCGAGUACAGAGGGAAGAGGGUAAAGGAAGCAGGAUGCCACAGACCAAUCCUGACAAACCAACCAAAACCAAAAUCGUGAGGGAGGAGGGAAGAGGAGCAAGAGAAGAAGGGAGAGCUGCAGCAAGAGAGGAGGGGAGAGGAGGAAGAGAGGAGGGACGAGGAGUGACGGGAAAGGAGGAGAGAGCAGCGGAAGGCAAAAGUGGAGGCGCACGAGAGGAGAGCCGCGGCCCAGAGCCCAGGAGACAGCGCCUGUGUUCUGACCUGGGUCGAGAGACGGACGAGGCGGCCUUUGUGCCCGACUACAGCGAAGGCGAAGGCUCGGAGCCGGAGAGAGGGAGGAGCGGCAGCCCCAGUCUCUCCCGCAGUCAAGCCUCCCACAGCCCCAGCCUGAGCAACCACAGCGACUCGGGAACCGCAGGGACGGACAAGAAGAAGAAGAAACACAAGAAACACAAGAAGCACAAAAAGCACAAGAAGCACGGGAGCCAGGACAAAGGAGAACACAAGGAGCACAAGCACAAACACAAAAAAAAGAAACACAAAAAGAACAAAGACAAAGAUGUGGAGGAAGAGGAGGAGAAGACGGAGAGGGCAGAGGCCCCCUGCUAACAGGCUGAGAUUGCCACUGCUUUGUUAGCUAGGAGAUAAUGAUGUACCCACAAAUAUCAGUCAACACUGGGAUGCUGCUCCUGCCACUUGAAGGGAAUGGAUGAAUGUCUCUGAAUGUCCAUGACACUGAAGAAGGGCCGUCUGGCUGUUAUUCACACUUUGUCACUGCAGGUCCCCAGACUUACAUGGUACUUUGUUGUGCUUGGUUUGCAGCAUUAAAACCACUGCUGAGGUUUCUUUAAUGUUCGGUGCGAGCCUCUUUGGUGGCUUUGGUCAGGAUAAACUUGGUAGAGAUGCUGUGCCGCACUAUUGUGAUAAGCCUGGAGCCGACCAGAAAGGACUUUAUGAUAAUAACUGAUCACACAGCAGUGAGUCUGAGUGAUUGGAAUAACAACAAACGCUGUACUCAGGGAUGUGAUUGCUUCUUUGUAGAGGAGGAAUUGCUUUUUCUCUGCCUCUGAUUCAUUUGUAAAUACAGAUUAACUGUUGCAUCACAUAAUAUUAAUUUUUUCCUCAGUUUAUUUUGCUCACAUCCCUGUCUGCUGUUCAAGGCUUAAUUGCUGAAUAACCUUCAUCGCUGUGAGGGCCGUUGUAAGCUCUUUUUGAAGGAUUGUACUCGCAGUUUUGCAUGUUGGAGCACAUCAACUGCAAAUCAUGUAUACUUUCCAUUUUUACUAACCAUUUUCAACGUUGACAAUCUAAUUUUUAUGCAGACGUUGGUUUCAGGUCAUUGAAGUGCAGUUUGCAUUUUGUUCUUGAGGCAGUGUUAAAUCCCAGGAAGUUCAUUUUCCCAUCAGACUCGGCAGCAGCUGCUUUGGAAAUGGUCAGCAGUGUAGUAUUUGUGAUUAAUGUGCUAAAACGUGCAAAAUCCUACAUACGAUCCUUUAAGUUAAAACAAAUAUUUUAUGCAUCUGUACUGCACUGGAUUGUAUAAAUCUAGGAGGUGUUAAUUAAUAAUGGCAAGUCGAUCUGCAUGAUUUUGUUCCAAAGGUGCAGUAGCUGUCUGUCACUUUGUCUGAGUGAAUGUGUGUGCGUUGUUGUAAAAUGGGAUGGAAAUGUAAUGUUGGAGGACUAGUCUUCUUACAAAUGAGUUGUUCAUUUUUUUAAUUAAAAUAUUUUGACCUCAUAAAAAAAAAAA